UUUUACCUGAGUACAUUUUUUAUUUUUACUUGAGUACUAUUAUUUUGAAAUAACGCUACUCUUACUUGAGUAAAAUUUUUGGCUUCUCUACUAACCUCUGAAUAUUAGUAGCUACCUGCUCCUGUAUGCUGCUGCCUUAGUAACUACAGUAGGAGGAGCUGCUUCCCCAUGUUCAUUUAGCUACAAAGAACAAGGCGAGUCAUCCUGCAGGAAUGAGGAAGCGUGAUCUCCACCCGAUUCCUCGCUAAAUACGGCAGCGAACGGCGCGACAUGUCUGCUUCUGGUGUGCAAACAGAGUUGAGGCUGGUGGUGCUCGGCCGCACCGGGACAGGAGGGGGGUCAGCUGCCUGCAGCUUCCUGGGCUUGCAAGACAGCUGUCAGGGAAACGACAACGAUCAACCCGAUGAGUGUCGUAAAUACAGAGGAGAGGCUCCAGGCAGAAAGCUGUUGGUUGUCUCCAGUCCAGACUGGUUCAGUUCCGACUGCGACCCAGAGGAAAGAAGAAGACACAUAUCCUCCUUGAUUACUUUAUCCAGCCCGGGGCCACAUGCUUUUUUAUUGUGUGUUCCUGUGAACCAACCAGCUGAUGGAGAGACCAAAGCAGUGGAUGUCCUGGAAAGGCUUUUGGGCCCCUCUGCGGUCAACAGAAACACCAUAAUCCUCUUCACCAACAUGGAUGAGCUGGAGGAGGACGAGAAGCUGGAGGAUUACCUUGGCACAUGGCGGAAGGACCUUGGUUUGCUGCUGGAAAGAUGCGGCGGUAGAUAUCACACCCUGGAGACCCGGAGCGGGGAAGGGAAAGAGAGCGAAGCUGUUGAGGAGAUGCUGGAGAAAGUUGAACAGGCAGUGAAAGAGAGUGAGGCGCAAUAUUUUAGCUGCCCUCUGUACCAGGAGGUGAGUGAAAAAGUAAAGAAAAGGCAAGUUGAAAUAGUGAAACAAAGGAUGGAGGAGGACUCAGUAGUGACUGAAAAAGACAUGGAGGAAGUGCUGGAAGAGGCAGAAAAAAGCAUAGGACUCCUAAACAUGGACUUGGAUGAUGUAUUUCCCUCUACCAACAUCUCACCACCAUCCUCUCCUGCUGCCUCUUUACUCAGCGCCCUGUGGGGCAAAGUGGUGGGCUGGUUGAAAUGGCUGCCCACUAUGGUCAGAAGGGAGGCCUUGCUAGGGGCACUAGUCGGACUCUUUGUUGGUGGGCCCAUUGGAGGCAUGGUGGGUGCCACUGUGGGCUCAGUUGCUACAGAGGUGCGUAGAAGAAAAACACAGAAAACUAAGUAAUCAUGAAAAUAACAAUAACAGAUAUUGCCAAGAUAAUGUAUUAGGCUUGAAGUUGCACAUUUAAGUCCAUUCACUGUAUUCAGCAUUAAUACUUGUAUUUCAAAGCUCACCAGCUAGCACUACAUGUUGUAGCAUGCAAAUAAGCUUGGGACACAAUAUAUACUAUGUCAUGAUUGUUUAUUAAACAGCGACAACAGCAAUUUGCUUGAAAUAAAUAGUUGCCUUGUUAUAGUCGAAUUCCUUUACACCUUUGUUAGAAUUGCUUUUCAAUGUAUUUACUGUACAUUAUUGAGGAUAUUUAAGCAGGAAAGCCUCAUCGAGAUUAAAAAUCUUUGCAAAU